AUGAUUCCAAAGCGAAUAACAGCUCUUCUUUUCUGUAUGUGCUUAGCUUUAUUUUCGGCGUCAUCUGUGAUGUCGAUAAAACCUGGUAUCUACUUUGCAAACAUAACCUCAUCGAUUUCUAAUGGAACAACUGCUCCGUUCAUUAUACACGCAAGCAAAGGUCUUGGUGUUAAUGUCACUGCUUUGGGCGAAAUAUAUCCAUAUUCUUCUAUUUUUGUGGAAUGGGAUCCUUUUUCUGGUCAUGAUAGCUAUGAUGCUACACUUUCUCUUAAAAGUUUAGCGAAUCCGGAUGAAAUUUUUCCCGAAUCGCAAACCAAAGAUACUGGAAAUGCAACUAUUGUGUUGGAAAAUUAUGGUUCUUUUAAGCCAGGAAUGUAUGCCAUCCUUGUCUCCAAUGCCCUUGGCCAAGGUGUAUCAAAUUCGUUUCUCGUUCUCGCGCCUAAUCCCCUUUCUGUUAAGACUGAUACGGAUAAGGUUCCCACUGGCGAGUUUUUGGGUCUUUCUUGGACUCCAUUCAACAUUUCUGAUACUGUGAACAUAUCUAUCGCCCGCGUCUCAAGCGGUUCUCAACGUAUUAUUGCUACAAACCUUGCUGAUACCGGAUCUACCAGUGUUGAGCUUUCAUAUCCUCCUGGUAUUUACGAAUUGAAAUUAGUAUCCUCCCUUGGAAUUGGUUCCUCAAAUCGUUUUGCUAUUACCACCGAAUUUAACACGAUCGCUGUCACAGUUAAUCCAGACAGCAUUUCUUCAAUUAAUGGUUUCACAAUUGUCGAAUGGAAACCAUUCGAUAAAGCUGAGGAAUUCGUAAACCUAACCCUAACCGGGAAGGAUGGACUCGCUUAUAAGAAUGUGUCUAAUGUGCCAAACAUUGGAUACUAUUUUUUGAGCGCUUCAGAAUGGGAAGUGCCGAAAUCACCAGCCACGUACAGUUUUACUAUCGAUUCAAUGCUUGGCUCUGACAGCAUCGAGCUCACCAUGUUUGAUAGUGCCACCUUGAACGUUAUUAUUGAUCCAAGCGUUGUUAUGUCUGAUGGUGGUGCUAUCGAUGUCAAUUGGUCUCCCAUUGAUCCUAGCGAACCCCUUGUUAAUCUUUCUGUAUACAGUGGCAAUGAUUCUUUGCUGAAAACACUUGAAGUGCCAAAUACAGGAUCAUAUUCAGACGAUGUUACAUCAUUUGGGCUGUUUCCAGGAAGGUAUAAAAUCCAAGUUGAUUCGAAUAUGGGCUCUGGAUUUGACUAUUUGAUCGUGAGUAGUGCUACUCCCCUGAAUAUUCUGGUUCCCAACUCCGAAUCUAUUAUUUACAAUAACUCUGCCUCAUUAUCUGUCCAAUGGACUCCGUUCGAUGAAAAUACUACUCCUGCCGUUAUUACCAUUAUUAACCAGAACACGAUGAAAAACGAUUAUUUUUCAGUCAAAAACAAUGGAAAUGCCUCUCUUAAUUUGAGUUCUAUUGAUGUACCUGCUGGAACCUACAGCCUAACUGUGGAUACUUCGAUCGGAAGCAGUGGAUCUCCGUCUAUGUUUGUUCUUCUUUAUCCUGAAACCCUUUUGAUCGCCUCACCAAAUUCUACCACCAAUGUUUCUAAUGUCGGUUUGCUUGAUAUCGAAUGGGACCCUAAAAAUCCUGCUGGUGAAAACAUCACCAUCUACCUGCACCACGCUGUAAACAACAGUAUCUCUUACGGUCCAUUCAAAACUCUCGACGAUGGUAAUGCCACUCUCGAUCUUAUGACAAAUGCUAUCAACAAAAAUAUGCUUCUUGAGGAUGCUAUUGCUUCUGAACAAAAAGCUCAUGAUGCCGAUGUUCGAGCUGUUAUGCGGGCACUAGAGCCAAAAAAUGCAGCAAAGAAAUCUAGCUUUCACACACAGAAAGAAUCGAUUAGAAUGAAAUAA